UGAACAAAUUCAUCGGAGAAAAAAUUUCUCUUACGGUGUGUUUUUCGUAAAGUUCAAGUGUAUUUGGUAUAGAACGUGAAUCAAUUAGGAUUAUUGCGGUGAUUAUUUUUAGAAUUGCGGAAAAUUUUAAUUUAAAAAAAGCCUCGAGAUUUUUGUUUGUUGUUGAUGAUGAAGUUAACAUCGAUGUAGAAAAAAAAAACCGAUUUCGUUAUAAGCCAGUUGAAUGAAUAAAGUGAAAGGGAAUCGCAUAAUACAAAACACAGAACACAAAUACAGUUUCGUUGAAUUGAUGUAAUACGUAAUUAUUGUGAAUCUCGGCAACACACGGACUUCAGUUGAUCGUCAUUUGGUCAAGCGAAUUGUAUGUGAUUUGUCAGAACAACCUAACAUCGUAUGUAAAUGGAUAAUGGGGAUUUGUUUGGAUACAGAAGCAAAUUCAACUGCACCUGAUUCUGAACAAGCUGAGUGGAAAGGACGUGGUAGUGAAAGUCGAUCGGGUACAUCGAAAACAUCGGGCGGAAUGGCGGUGCCGAAUGCGGGAAAAGUGAAGUUUGAUCCCCCUUCUGUUCCGGUGAUAUUUGUACUGGGUGGUCCGGGCAGUGGAAAAGUAACACAUUGUGAUACAUUGAUGCAUGAAAAACGUGGUGUUACACAUAUCAAUAUGAUGGACCUGCUUCAUCAGCACGUUAUUAGCAAUGAUAUGCAAGACUUUUCGAAUCUAUCAUCAAAAAUUAUGACCGAAGUUUUGAUGCUGGAAAUCAAAAUGGCACCAGCCGCAAAGGCAUAUCUUAUAAGCGGUUUUCCUCGUUCGAUGCGUGACGUGGUGGAAUACUCCGAUAAGAUUCAAGUUAUCAGUGGUGUUAUUUUAGUUAAAUGGAAAAAUGAACUCUUACAAAAACAAAUUGAAUAUGGUGCCAAACUUGGACAGGUGGUGUUAUCAUUGGCGAAAAUGGAAUUGGACAAUUUCUAUAAAAAUGUGAUGCCAGUGUGCGAAUAUUUUGAUCAAAGUGGCCUAUUGAGUGUUGUGGUUGGCGAACGACCACCGGACGAAGUGUACAGAGAUUUUAGGAGUGCAGUUUUUGAAAUACUUGGUUCGCAAGACAACCCAAAUGCUCUAAUGAAUGGGGUUGUUGGAAUGGGUAAAGGUAUAAAUGACAUACCGGGUACAAUUGUAAGCGUUGAAACCGCUCCAGAAGGUAAUGUUGAAGCCGAAGCUGAGGCAUCGGAAACCAUUGAACCGGGAAAUGUAAAACCACCAACACCACACGUACAAACACCAAUCGAGCAAACACCACGUAUUGAAGUGACACAUAUCUUAGACGAACCAACAACCACCUUAAAUAAUAAUAAUAAUAUUGACGUAGCAAAUUUACCUCCAAUCAUAUGGGUCAUAGGUGGUCCUGGCAGUAAUAAGAGUACCCUUUGUUUGAAAGCAGUUGCGCUUAAUCCGGGCUGGAGUCAUUUUAGUAUUGGUCGUAUUGUUCGUGCUAUUGCCGAAUCAGAUCCAAAAGCAAAUACAGAAAAUCAUAAAAUAAAAAAUGCAAUCACCGCUGGUGAAAUGAUCAAUAAGCAAUCAAUACAAAAAAUUCUCGAAACACAUCUGGUAAAUUUAUCUGAUAAAAAAGGCAUUAUCAUCGAUGGAUAUCCGCGUGACAUGAAACAAGUUACUGAUUUUCAAGAAAAGUAUCAUCAAAAGCCGCCAAUAAUAUUGUUAGAUUGUUCGAAAUUGCAAUUGGGUCGAGGUCGUUUAGAUGAUACUGUUUCAUCGUUUCGUCGACGUUUGGAACAAUUUCGCGAGCUCACAUUGCCAAUGUUAAAAGUAUUGGAUGCUGAUGGUCGGCUAUCAAUUGUCGAUGGUGAUACGGACAAUACAUCGGUUCAGCGGGAAUUUGAGCGAGUUAUACGCCAGCAUACAUCACGUUUAAGUCACGAAGCUGCAUACAAACCACAAAGCCAAACCAAUCAAUUGAUGGUUCAACAGCAACAAAAUAAUGAUAAUAUCGAUUCAAUCGUGGAAGACUUAGAUAAUAUGCCAGGUUCUGUGCCAACAAUUAGCAAUCACAUUAGCCUUAUACACAAUAAUAACAAGGGAACAAUUGAAAAUGAUCAAUUUAACAAUAAUGCGAAUCAUGUAGCAAAUAACAUUAAUGCAGAAAAAAAAUCGAGAAACCCGACCAAAACUUUUCGCUCAAUGCUCGAAGAAGCUGAAACGUAUCCCCUUGAUGAAGCGUAAAGAGACGCAAUUACACGCAUACAUCGCAAUUAACAAUCGAUUAUCAUUUGUUUUUUUUUCUUUCGUUCUCCAGUAUGUUCAAUAUCUGUAGGGGACGUUGAUUUUCAUCUUUGUUGAUAAUGGAAACAAAAAAAAUUAUUUCGAAUGAUACACACAUACACACACGAAAAAAAAAUAAGUAAAUAAAAACACAAAAUACACUCAAUUUAGUCAAUAAUUGCAUUGAACGCAAAAAUACAAAUUUUACGUUAAAAACCACCGGUUAACACUAGCUAAGCUACAAGACACUAAAAUCAAAAUUUCCAUUUCUGUAACAAAUGAAUUCCACCCAUAACACAGCGAUUUAUCAAGCCGCUUAUCCUUUCUCUUUAAGCAAAUCGCAAAAUAUUUUUUUUUAGUUCACAGUGUUUUUGGAGGCUUUUUUUUGAGACCCGAGAAAUUCGUAUUGAGUGGUGAUCGAGAAGUUCAAAUGUUUUUUUUUGUGUGUAAAACACUGUUUUCCCCAAAAACUUGAUGAAGAAAAUUCAAACUUAUUUUUUAAAUUAAAUGACUUAAUAUUAACCAAUAUCCAAUUACCAAA